CAUCCCAUCGGAGAGAACAACCGUGAGGUUUGGGCAAGAGGUUGUUUCCACUAGAGAAGAUGCGCUUCAGAUUCUUCUCAGGCUCAAGCGAACAUUGGAAUCAAAGUGGUACUCAUUUUUCAAAUCAAUGGGAUGGACAAUGUCAUUGUUUUCCUCAAACAAGGGCGCCGAUCCAAUCGACGAGUGCAGGGAUGGCAAACUCGUCAAUGGAGUUUCCCUGUUGCACUAUCAGGAGUUUCGUUCUCGAAGAACUUGUCCCAUCCCAAAAGUUCCAUUGUCUCGAGGAUUCGCUGCGAAUCGUCCAUCGACGGCGAUGGAAGAGGUUGCUAUCAAUAUUAAAUGGCAGAAGUGGGAUUAUCAAUAGCAGCAAAACUUGCUGAAUACUUGGUGGAUCCAACAUUACAGCAAUUGCAAUAUUUGUUUUGUGUCGGCAAAAUAAGCAGAAAUGUUGAGACCAGAAAGGAGGGUCUGAUUCUCAAGCAAGGGAGGGUGCAAGAACGUGUUGAAGAGGCCAUUAAUAAGACUGAGAUUCAAAAGUGGUGUCCUAUGUGGAGGAGAUAUUGUGUCUGCAAAAAAUUGACAAAAACAACUCAAAGGAUGAUACAACUAGACGCAGAGAGUGAUAAGUUUAACUCAAAGUGAGAAGUGGCACAAGAAAUUGCUAAAGAAUGUAAAGGACUGCCCAUUGCAAUUGAGGCUAUGGGGCUUUGCUUGAAAGGAAAAGGACUUGAUGAGAUGAAUGUAGUGUUACAUAGGUUAAGGCAUUCAAAACCAAUAAAUAUGGAUGAGGGUGUAAGGGAUGCUUUUUCUUGUCUCAAACUAAGCUAUGAUUAUUUGAGAAUGCCUGAAGCAAAAUUGUUGUUCUUAGUGUGUGCUAUAUUUCCUGAAGAUCAUAAAAUUAUUAUUGAAGAUAUUUUGAGAUAUGGAGUAGGGUUGGGCUUGUGUAGAGAUGCAGACUCUUUUGAAGUAGCUAGGAGCCAAGUUAGAGUGGCACUUAAUAUUCUCGUUGACUCUUCUUUGUUGACUUAUUCUCAAAAUGUUUGGAAGCAAGAAUGCUUGACAAUGCAUGACAUGGUUCGUGAUGUAGCUUUAUGGAUCGCAUCCAAAGAGGAUUGUACCAUUAUGGUAAAUUGUGCAAAAGAACUAGAUGAAUUGCUUGGGGAUGAAGCAGUUAAAGAUUGCUAUGCAGUAUCUUCAUGGCAUGAAGACAAAAAAUUAUGUCAAUUUCCUUCUCAAUUGGAUGCUCCAAAGCUUGAGAUUCUAUUGUUAAAUUCAACAAAGCCCUUGGAUUUAUCUCUUGCAUCAUUUGAAGGUUUAGAAGAAAUCAAGGUUGUAGCUAUGGUUCAUGACGGGCCUCUCCCUCAGAAGGAACUGCGACCUCAAUCAAUGCAAUGGUUGUCUAAUCUUCAAACUUUGCGGUUGCAAAAAUGGGAUUUAGGUGACAUCUCUUUUGUGGUAAGAUUAAGGAAACUUGAAAUUCUUGACUUAUGUGGUAGUAAGUUCAAAAAACUGCCAAGUGGAAUUGAAAAUCUAAACCAAUUGAAAUUGCUAGAUUUGUCAAUGUGUGAAGCAGAGGAGUGUUGUUGUGAAGUAAUUGGAAGGUGUUCACAAAUAGAAGAAUUGUAUGCUUCUAGGAAUUUCCUGCACAUGGGAAACACAAAUUGUUAUGAAUGCCUUGUGGAUAUACCUGCUGUUCCAAAAUUGAGGAGGUAUAUAUUAGAAAUGGGGCAGUGCAAAUGUCCAAAAAUUUGGACUAAAGGCAGGAGAGUUUUAUACUUGGGACAACUAAAUAUCUUUAUCUCUAGUGCAUUAAUCAGGGGUUUGGGGCAAAAAGCAACUGCAAUUGAAUUUUAUGAUCUACAAGAAGGCUGCAAAAGUUUCAUCCCAGAUGUAGUUCAAGCCAUAGGGGGUAUGAAUGAAUUAACUAAACUCCACCUUAAUAGCUGUUCGGAGAUAGAAUGGCUUAUCAAUGAAACUACUACUCAUGAAGAUGUUGUUGUCCCCAGAUUGGCUGAGUUGGAGCUGGUUCAUAUGGAUAAUCUAAGACAGCUAUGUCAUGGCCCUUCUUAUCUUAACUUAUUCCAAAAUCUUGAAAGUCUAAACAUAGACAAUUGCCCUCAGUUGCUUAACAUGUUUCCUGCUGAUUGCAACUUAGGCAACCUUAAGAAGCUCCGGAUUUCAAGCUGUCCAAUGUUAAUCCUCUUCCAUGUAUCUGUUGCCUGCACUCUGCUUUCACUAAGAGAACUCAGCAUACAUAGUUGCCUUCAGUUACACAACAUGUUUCCUGCUCAUUGCAACUUAGACAACCUUAAGUUCCUCCAAAUUUUCAAUUGUCCAAUGUUGACAUCUCUCUUCCCUGUCUCUGUUGCUUGCUCUCUGUUAUCUCUAGAAGAGCUCAGAAUAGAAAAAUGCCGUAAAUUGAAGAGUGUGAUAGAGGGAGAAGGUGGCAAUAAUGAUUGGGAGAAUCCAAGAUUUCCAAAAUGGGAAAUUCUAUCUGUUACUGAUUGUUACCAAUUAGAAUCUGUAUGUCCAAUCUCUUGUGCUCAAGGGUUUGUGCAAUUGAAACAUCUAAUCAUAAAAGAUGCUCUACUGUUGAAAGUUAUAUUUGGUGAAGAACAGUCAAUAUAUGAUCAAAAUGGGACCCAGGUAAUGCUACCUCUUUUGGAAAAUCUCAUGCUGAAAGACCUCCCAAAUCUUCUCAGAAUUUGCUCAAAAGGCCAUCAUCCAAUGUGGCCGUCUAUAAAAAAAGUAGACUGGAUAAACUGUCCAGGAUUGAAUAUUCCACGUGAUUCUCUCAUUAUUGGUUCAGAACUAAGGCAGCCACAACCAAAUAGAGAAUUGCAUGCCCUUGGUGGCCAUCAAUUGAGAAAUGAAGAGCCCGAGCCAUUAGCAGCUGUUUCAAAUAUAGAGAGCAUUAACCUUUGGAAUUGCAGGGUAGUAUCCCUAUUCUACUAUCACAGUGGGGUUGAAGUUCCAAAGACUACAACAUCCAAUGGUCUCAAUCUCAUCCAACAAAUUCCGAUAUUCCAAUGCCUUAAAAAAUUAUCUGUGAAUAACUGUGAAAAAUUGAAAUCUCUUUUCUCUGCUAGUACCUAUCAAAGCCUUCCAGAGUUAGCUUUUGUAACCAUAUCAAACUGUUGGGAAUUGGAGGAAAUUUUUGUAGAAAAUGAACAAAUUCAGAAGAAAUUAUCCAAAGCCCACUCUUGUUUACCAAAAUUGCAGAGUUUAAGCAUCAGCAGGUGCAACAAGCUAAGAAUAAUUUUCUCUGCUGUUAUCUGUCAAAGCCUUCCAGAGCUGACUUUUGUGACCAUAUCUGACUGUGUGGAGUUGGAGGAAAUUUUUGGAGAAAAUGAACAAAUUCAGAAGAAGCUAUCCAAAGCCCACUCUUGUUUGCCAAAAUUGCAGAGUUUAAGCAUCAGCAAAUGCUACAAGCUAAGAAGAAUAUUCUCUGCUGGUAUCUGUCAAAGCCUUCCAGAAUUAACUCAUGUAUACAUAUGGCAGUGUAAGGCAUUGGAAGAAAUUUUCACAAGGAAUGAAGAAACUCAGAAGAAUCUAUCCAUAAUCCAAGCUUUUCUCCCAAAGUUGCGGACGUUGGAAAUCUGCAACUGCAAUAAGCUGAAAAUCAUAUUCUCUGUCAUGACCAGAUGCUCAAAUAUUGAAGAUCAUGACAUCGACAGUGAAAAGGAGAUUAUGUUCCCAAACUUGAAACAUAUAGCACUUUACAAGUUACCAAGACUUGUUAAUGUCUGCCAAGGAUUUAAAUUGCACAUAGUGGAGUUUUGCAAAGUGCUGGUUCAUGAAUGCCCAAAAUUUGUGCCAUUUAUCGGUGCAAGUAUUGGAUGGAAUCAUGAAGGACUUGUUAGGACGUUUGUCUUGAAAUGCAGCCAAUUAAGCAAUAAUACAACUCUCUCAAUACCAGUUUCUAUUUUUAACUCCGAAGAACUUGAUAUUGAAAGUUCUAGAGUUCUAGACUUGUAUAAAGUAAUUGGUGGUGGUGAUGAUUAUAAUGAACCACGUGAAGGCAGAGAGAUGUUGAGGUAUGAACAUCAAAUGCUAAAAGGUCUUGUUCCAACCCAAGUUUUGAGCUUCCAAUGUCUUCAUUCUUUAAUGGUGAUUGGAUGUCAAAAGUUGAAGUUCUUAUUCUCAACAAGCACCAUUCUUCACAACAGCCUUCCCAAAUUAACUUUCCUAACUUUAUCUGGUUGUGAUGAUUUGGAGGAACUAAUUGGGGACAACGAUGAACCUCAGAACAUGUCUAAUGUUCAGCUUUGCUUCCCAAAACUAAGAGAGUUAGAGGUUAAGAGGUGCAGCAAGCUCAAAAGACUCUUUCCUUCAAUUGAGAUUGCACUUCCAAAGCUGAGAAUACUUGUACUUGAAGGUCUACCCGCCAUCAUUGACAUUUGUGGAAGUUUUCCCUUUCAGUUGCAGACUCAGUCUUUAUUGUUCUUCAAAGUUGAGGAUUGUCCCAUUUUCUCCAAAACCACACAUGCUGCUCUGAACAACCUUUUGCUUGAAGGAAACCCAGAUGAAUACCAAGAAGGUGAAGAGACACAUGAUCAUGAUGGUUUUCGUUUUUCUUAUUACGAUGUUGAUGAAUACCAUUUUCUGAUGGAACAGUGGCCAUAGUGGGCACAAAUAUAUGCAGGUUCUGAAAGGUAUUGGUCUCCACUCUCUCUUAGCCUGAAAGAUUGUAUUUACUCUCUAGUUCCAAGCAAUUUGAUUUAAUACACACACACACACAUUAUUUGAAUGAUUUUGAAUUUAAUACUUAUUUCGGUUCAUUGAUUGUAUAAACUAAUAUUGCUCUAUGGGGUUGAUAUGACAGCUUUGCCUGUUUGAA